GUGCGCAGCAGCGACCAGGCCGAUGGCGGAGGUCAUUCCUUUUGCAAUUCCCAUGGAGAAUGACAAAACCUUGCUGGUGUGGGAGCUAAGCUGUGGGCCCACGGCGGAAGCCUUGCAUGUGAGCCCAACUAAGCAUUCUCUGUUCAUAGUCUUCUCCCAGUUUGGCCUUCUCUAUUCCGUUCGAGUCUUCCCAAAUGCAGCAGUGGCCGGUCCUGGCUUCUAUGCCAUCAUCAAGUUUUAUUCAGCAAGAGAUGCCCAGAAAGCCCAAAAGGCUUGCAACCAGAAGCAGCUUUUUCAGAACUCUCCUGUGAAGGUUCAUCUCAGCACCACACAUAAAGCAGUUCAACAUCAGACUCGUGCCUUAAAUAGCUCUCAGUGCCAAGAACUGGCAAAUUACUACUUUGGCUUUAAUGGAUGGUCAAAAAGGAUUGUCAAGCUUCAGGAACUUUCGGACCUUGAAGAAAGUGAAAAUGAAAAUAUUGGGGAGCCACUUCAGAAGCAGAGCUUGAAGUUCUUCUGUGCUGUAGAAGUGGUGUUGCCAUUCUAUGACUGCAGGAGUCCUGGAGUUGGCAUAGCUGAAGAACCUUUGGAUACACUGGAGGAAGGGACAUUAUCAUUUCUUAUGAAAAGGAAGACAGUCCAGAAGCUUGCUAUUCAGAAGGCUGUGUCAGAUGCGUUUCAGAAACUGUUAAUUGUGGCUCUUGUCUGGUGCUGACCUAUUUGGGCAUAUAUUCCUGUAAGAUACUCAUCUAUGUUUUUGUAAGCCUUGAAAGAAGCCCCUGCUGAGCUGUCACAGUUCUCUAAAAAUUUCACACCUCAAGACUGAUUCUGUUCUCUAUUUAGUUCCACAUUGCUUUGAAUAUUACAGGCUGUGCCCAAAGAAAUGGAUGAUUAGCCCCACACCUAUGGACAUCUAAUCUUUGAUAAGAGGGCCCAAAGUAUAAAAUGGAGGAAGGAGGCUCUCUUCAGUAAAUGGUGCUGGGAAAACUAGGUCGAAACAUGCAGAAGAAUGAAACUGAACCACCUUAUCUCACCAGACAAAAAUCAACUCCAAAUGGAUCAAGGACAUGGAUGUUAGACCAGAAGCUAUCAAAUACUUAGAGGAAAACUUUGGUGGAACACUUUCCCACCUAAACCUCAAGGACAUCUUUGAUGAUACAAACCCAAUUGCAAGGAAGGCUAAAGCAGAAACAAAUCAAUGGGACUACAUCAAAUUGAAAAGCUUCUGCACCGCCAAGGAAACUAUCAUACAAACAAAAAGACCCCUCACAGAAUGGGAGAAGAUCUUCACAUGCCAUACAUCAGACAAGAAACUAAUCACCAAAAUAUACAAAGAGCUCAGCAAACUUAGCAACAAAAAAGCAAAUGACCCCAUCCAAAAAUGGGCAGAGGAUAUGAACAGAACA